CCCCGUCGCACCGCCCGGCGCCGGCCUCACGGGCCGAGGGCGGGACGUAGGGCGGCGGGGGCGCGGCGCGGCAGAGGUGAGGCCGUAGCUGAACUGCGCGACCGCUCGAGCGCUCGGCAUGGCUCGCCUGGUGCUGGGUCUGAUGAGCUGUACCCUCUUUAUAGCAGUUAAUGGUCUAUAUUCGUCUAGUGAUGAUGUAAUUGAAUUAACUCCAUCAAAUUUCAACCGAGAAGUUAUUCAAAGUGAUAGUUUGUGGCUUGUGGAAUUCUUUGCUCCAUGGUGUGGCCACUGCCAGAGGUUAACACCGGAGUGGAAGAAAGUAGCAACUGCAUUAAAAGAUGUUGUAAAAGUUGGUGCAGUUGAUGCAGAUAAACAUCAGUCCCUGGGAGGUCAAUACGGUGUCCAGGGAUUUCCUACCAUUAAGAUUUUUGGAUCUAACAAAAACAGACCAGAAGAUUAUCAGGGUGGCAGAACGAGUGAAGCCAUCGUGGAUGCCGCGCUCAGUGCCCUGCGCCAGCUUGUGAAGGAUCGCCUCGGGGGCAGGGGAGGUGGCUAUAGUUCUGGAAAACAAGGCAGAAGUGAAAGUUCAAGUAAGAAGGACGUGAUCGAGCUGACGGACGACAGCUUUGAUAAGAAUGUUCUUGACAGUGAAGAUGUUUGGAUGGUUGAGUUUUAUGCUCCUUGGUGCGGACACUGCAAAAAUUUAGAGCCAGAAUGGGCUGCGGCAGCUACAGAGGUAAAAGAGCAAACCAAAGGCAAAGUGAAACUCGCAGCUGUGGACGCCACUGUCAACCAGGUUCUAGCCAGCCGAUACGGGAUUAGAGGAUUUCCUACAAUCAAGAUAUUUCAGAAAGGCGAGUCUCCUGUGGAUUAUGAUGGGGGGCGGACGAGAUCCGACAUCGUCUCCCGGGCCCUUGAUCUGUUCUCUGAUAACGCGCCCCCUCCUGAGCUGCUUGAGAUUAUCAAUGAGGACGUGGCCAAGAAGACAUGUGAGGAGCAUCAGCUCUGUGUCGUGGCCAUCCUGCCCCACAUCCUCGAUACCGGAGCUGCAGGCAGAAAUUCUUACUUGGAAGUUCUUCUGAAGUUGGCAGACAAGUACAAAAAGAAAAUGUGGGGGUGGCUGUGGACAGAAGCCGGAGCCCAGUCGGAGCUGGAGAGCGCGCUGGGGAUCGGAGGGUUCGGCUACCCCGCCAUGGCCGCCGUUAACGCGCGCAAGAUGAAGUUUGCUCUUCUCAAAGGCUCUUUCAGUGAGCAAGGCAUUAAUGAGUUUCUCAGGGAGCUGUCUUUUGGGCGUGGGUCCACAGCACCUGUGGGAGGCGGGGCUUUUCCUGCCAUCAGCACCAGGGAGCCCUGGGACGGCAAGGACGGCGAGCUUCCUGUGGAAGACGACAUUGAUCUGAGUGAUGUGGAGCUGGACGACUUGGAGAAAGAUGAGUUGUGAGAGGUUCAACACAGACUUCAGUUUCCUUUUCUUGGGAGCGGAUUUUCCAGCAGUGCAGGAACAUUCUUUACAAUCAGAUGAAUCUACCAGUGGCCUUUUUAACCAAGAAGUAGCACUUGAUUGGUCAUUUGAAAACACUGCAACGGUGAACUUUUGCAUCUCAAGAAAACAGUGAAAAAUUCUAUGAAUUGUAGCCAGCGAAUUGGGUUGUAUUUUGUCAGAUAGUGUUUUGAAGAAAGCUGAUGGGCUCUUGAAAUGGUUUUCCCUCCCUCUGACCGCUGCUUGAAUGUUCUUGGAGGCUUUUUCUUACACAUGAGUUUUUUAAUGUGAUCCUUUCAUUUGAAUAUUAAUGGCUUUUUUCCAUUAAAGAAUAAAACAAUAUUUUGGACAAUGCCAAUAAAUGUAUGAAAUUAGUGUCCACAUCAUAAA